AUGCUUAGGCAGGCCCCGGACUCGACAAUGCCCGCCUCUGCUGUUCGUUCAGCUAGGCGAUCCUCCCGCCGAGCGUCGCGCGACAACCUGCGAGCAUCCGCACAUCGGAGCCAGCCGCCUGCGACGGCGCCGCCCUUUCGUCUCAACCCGCUGUGGCCAGAGCUGCCGCAGCGCAACUACGCCAUCGGCCCCAUUGAGGCCGAGGUUUCGGGCUCAUCCGCCUCGGAGACUUCGGCAUCGGCAUCGAGCCCGGCAACCCCUCGGAGGUCGGCCGAAGAGCUGGCGGCCCAGGUCAUUGACAUGCAAGAGUUGGAGCUGGCCGACCUGGUGCACCAGAGGCAGGUGGCCCGCAACCUGGCCAUCGAACAGGUCGAGCGCCAGCGUCAGCAGGACUGGGAGCGCGACCAAUACUACAUUCGCCUCAGCGAAGAGGCGCGCAGGGUCACGCAGAUGCAGCAGCCGCGUCAACACGAGCCGCAGCAGGACGUCCGACAGCAGCAGUGGUCGAGUGGCAGGUCGAGAAGCGACCGCCAUCGCCAUGCUACGCCGCCGCCGCUCGCCGAUCAGACCGCCUGGUCGCAGACGCACACCAACACGCCGUCCUCGAGCUCCCAGGAACCUCGCGAUCCGCAACACAAGGUGUACCUGCUCAACUGCCGACACUGCGGCAACUUCCUGAGCGACCGUGGCAUGAGGGCGGUGCUCCUGCUCAAGCCCAACAUCACCCUCUACAGCACCGACGCGGUGCCCAGCAACUGCGGCCCCUACUACAGCCCCUCGACAUUCCACGGUGGCGUCGACCCGCUCGAGCCGCCGAUCGAGCGAACGUGCAACUGCCUCACGCAAAGCCUCGGCUGCCAUGGCUGCGGCAACCAGGUCGGCUACAGUAUCCUCUCGCCCUGUGACCAGUGCAACAGCAGCGUCCAGAAGCACCAGCGCAGCUCCAACGGCCACCGCACCGUGCUCCACUGCUCCGAGAUCUCGGUGCGCGAGCGCCGUUACGUGCCCGGCGAGCCGGGCGUGCGCGCGGCCCCCUACCAGUGCGAGGCUGCCGUGGCACCGUCCACCCCUCAUGCCGCGCUUCGACGCCAGACGCCCCGGAUCCGCGACUACGCUUCGGAGCGAGCAGGCUACCCGGACUUUUACGACGUGGACGAGGACGACGACGUCGACCCCGAGAAGACCGAUUUCACCGCGCAGGCGUACCAGCAGCACCAGCUCCACGACGUUGACCCCAGGCAGCUCCGUGAACCUCGGUCGACCCGAUCGAAUCUGCGCCCCACGGGCAGCGGCAAAGAGGCCCGAGUGCUUCGCAGGGGAGACGUCAUCUACUGGUCGGACCUCGUCUCUGGAGGCGAGAGGACGCAGCCCUUCGAUCCGGACCCCAUCCUCCAGAUGCCGGCGGCGGGUCGCUGA